AUGUCUUUGGCUCUGAAGUCACGCGAGAGUCACGCCCAAAUCUCGAACCAUUCUCAACAGGCUGGCUCCUCCCUUUUACCUCCGCUUUCUUCUUCGUCUUCUUCUUUCUUUAAUUGCACUUUUCUUUCUCUCUCACUUUCUGACUACAGUUUUUCUUCUGUAUUUUUAUAUAAAUCCUUUCUUUCUUUCUUUCGUUUGUUUGUUGGUUUGUUUCUUUCUUUUUUCUUUCUUUCAUUUAAAUUCUUUCUAUCGUUUCUAUCUCUCCUUUCAGUCAUUUAUUUAAAUUUCUUUCUUUUCUCUCUUGCCCUUUUCAUAUUUUUUCUGAGGCCACUCUUUACUCGCUUAAAUUCCUUCUUGAUAUUCUCUCAUUACCUUCCUUCCUUCCUUCCUUCCUUCCUUCCUUCCUUCCUUCCUUCCUUCCUUCCUUUUCUUUAUUGUGACGUUCUCUUUCUUCCUUUCUUAAAACCUUGCUUCGGUUUCUGUCUUUUACGCAAUUUUCUUUCGAUCUUUGCGCCUUUUGAAGAAUCAUUCUUUCUUCUAGUCUUCCUUUCUUUCUUUCUUUCUUUUCCUUUUCCUUUCAUUCUUUCUUUUCUUUUUUCUUUUUUUUCCUCUUUCUUUCUUCGUUCUUUUCUUUCUUGCUGUCUUUCUUUUUCUUUCUUUUUUCUUUUCUUUAUAUCUUUCUUUCAUUUUAAUUCUUUCUAUCUUCCCUAUGUAUUCUUUCAUUCAUUUAUUUAUUUAAAUUCUUUCUUUCUUUCUAUUCAUUUUCUUUUCUUUCUUUCUCUUUUCCUUUCCUUCAUUCUUUUCUUUCUUUUUCUUUUUACCAUCUUUCUUUCUUUUCUUCGUUCUUUUUCUUUCUUUCUGUCUUUCUUUUUCUUUCUUUCUUGUCUUUCUUUCCUUUAUAUCUUUCUUUCAUUUUAA